AGGAGCCGCGAGAGAGUGAAGGUAACCGGGGAUCUUACUAUAGACUGACAAGAAGCUUAGUAGUGCCACUCCGACCAUUUGUCAGGGUGGUUUUUGUAUUUUUGCCUUGUGUGUGGGAGCACACGAGAAAACAUCUAUGUUUCUAAGCAUCAUGGGAAGAGAAAACUAAGAAGAAUUCACCAUGAUUGGGGGACUGUUCAUAUAUAAUCAUAAGGGCGAGGUCCUUAUCUCCCGGGUGUACAGAGAUGACAUUGGGCGGAAUGCUGUGGAUGCUUUCCGUGUUAAUGUCAUCCAUGCCCGGCAGCAGGUGCGCUCGCCAGUCACUAACAUUGCCCGCACAAGCUUCUUUCACGUAAAACGGUCAAACAUCUGGCUAGCUGCAGUCACCAAACAAAAUGUUAAUGCUGCCAUGGUGUUUGAGUUUCUCUACAAAAUGUGUGACGUGAUGACUGCAUACUUUGGAAAGAUCAGCGAGGAGAACAUAAAGAACAACUUUGUGCUGAUCUACGAGCUGCUAGAUGAAAUCCUGGAUUUUGGUUACCCUCAGAAUUCUGAAACAGGAGCACUGAAGACUUUCAUCACCCAACAAGGGAUUAAAAGUCAGCAUCAGACCAAGGAGGAGCAGUCUCAGAUUACUAGCCAGGUUACUGGCCAAAUUGGGUGGAGACGUGAAGGCAUUAAGUAUCGUCGAAAUGAGCUGUUCUUAGAUGUGUUAGAGAGUGUCAACCUGCUAAUGUCACCUCAAGGGCAGGUACUUAGCGCUCAUGUGUCUGGGCGUGUGGUGAUGAAGAGCUACCUGAGUGGAAUGCCAGAGUGCAAGUUUGGAAUGAAUGACAAAAUAGUGAUUGAGAAACAAGGCAAAGGAACCGCUGAUGAGACUGGCAAAACGGGAAAGCAAUCAAUUGCCAUUGAUGACUGUACAUUCCACCAGUGUGUCCGGCUUAGCAAAUUUGACUCUGAGCGCAGCAUCAGCUUUAUACCUCCAGAUGGAGAAUUUGAGCUUAUGAGAUAUCGAACCACAAAAGACAUCAUCCUACCAUUCCGUGUCAUUCCUCUUGUUCGUGAAGUGGGGCGCACAAAGCUUGAGGUCAAGGUGGUCAUCAAAUCUAAUUUUAAACCUUCACUUUUGGCUCAGAAGAUUGAGGUGAGGAUUCCAACCCCACUCAACACCAGUGGAGUACAGGUCAUCUGUAUGAAAGGAAAAGCAAAGUAUAAGGCCAGUGAGAAUGCCAUUGUGUGGAAAAUAAAGCGCAUGGCUGGUAUGAAGGAAUCUCAGAUAAGUGCAGAGAUUGAGCUGCUUCCUACUAAUGAUAAGAAGAAAUGGGCUCGGCCUCCAAUAUCCAUGAACUUUGAGGUCCCGUUUGCCCCAUCUGGGCUCAAAGUGCGUUACCUGAAGGUGUUUGAACCAAAACUAAACUACAGCGACCAUGAUGUGAUCAAAUGGGUGCGAUACAUUGGCCGCAGUGGGAUCUAUGAGACACGGUGUUAAUACAUCACAAAACUCAGAAAGAAGUGGGCCCCGUCUCUUAACUUGCAUUUCUUUUUAUUGAGAAAAGGAAGUCAACAUGCUAACCAAGGGGUCAGAAUGGGUAGGAUUAAAGGUGUGAGAUAGCCCUUCCUUUUUCCCACCUGACCAUAAUAUCCACCUUUGCUCCAUUAUACUUUUAAUAACAAUUCUUGCUGUUCCCUUCUUUAGCAUUGGAGAGCGUUAUCAUUUAUAAGAUGCGCUCUCUAUGAUAUGGAGUAUCCUCUGGGCCAUAGCUGCUAUGUGGUUUCCCAAUAACCACCUCCCAUCUAGCACAGACCAGGCCGUAUCUUAUCUCACUCCCAUCUGUGAAUAUUGAUGACCGAUAGUAUUCUUGUAUAGUGUAGUGCUUUCCACAAUCAUCCCAACCUUACUACUCAUCAUGGAACUGGCAGCCUUCUUGGGUUCAAUGUUCCCUAGUAUUUCUUUCAAAUAUAUACAAUUUUAACACUGUCAAAGGCCAGCAGAGUAGGAACAACUGGGCAGAAGUUUCAGAGCAUUGGGUUCAGUAUGUGGCAUGGGAGGUUUUGCAUUGUCUCUUCAUGGAAUAACUCAAGCACUCUAUUAUAUGUGACCAAAUAAGAGGUGAGGGAUAAGUUCUACAGGUGCUCAUGUUACAGCUGAAGGUUGUGUAAGAAAGUAUAAAUUGUGCACUUCUGUGUCCUUUAGCUCCUGCAGUAACAGGGAGUGUAUGGAUUUAACCAUAUCAUAGCCAGUUAAUCAUUAGUGCUGGCACAGGAAUGAUUUUGCUAUUUGUGGCAGUGUGACUUCCCCCUCACAUCUCUGUGCUCCUUGUGUUGUGAUUUGCUCUGUUUUUCUUUGUGACGCUCAAACUGUACAAGUAAUAAACAGCGUAGAACACA